GAUCCCAGAAGCUCAAGGCAUUAUAUGUUCAGCCUGGAGCCUUAGUUGGGAUACAUCAGGUGAAUCUUUCCCUCAGGUAACCGCUUACCUGGAUGACGUCAUAUCUACAUAGUUCCACUACGUUUUACACCUGAAAGGUUUGGAUGAUCUCAUGCUGCCCAAAUGGCGGCUGUUCAUCGUGCGAGACCGAGCAUGGGACUCCAGCACGAGCUGUACCGCCGGUCCCAUCGUGCCCCACAGCCAGGAGAGGUCCAUCCGGAAAUGCUGCUCGAUAUGCUGUCCAUGGAAUGCCAAAGACGGAAGCAUGAAACGUCACUUUGUGCAGAUGAGGAGGAGCAUUUAGAUAUAGACAAUCUGGUGAAUGAGUUCAAAAUUGACGAUAGUAUCUCCGCUUGCUUCGCCGACAUUGUUGACAAUGUCGCCAAAACCAAAGAAAAGAAAUCAAAAAGUACCAUAAUAAAGCAAGAGGAGAAGUUGGUUCACGGUGAGGCCACUUCAGUGGAAGACGAACCAACGGAAAGUAAUAAUUCAGAUUACAAGGCAUCCAACAAACAAAAGGCUGUCCCGCUUACGUACAAGCUCCGACUACCAACUGCCAUGCGCAUCAGACUAAAAUGUGGAAAGAAAUUUAAAAGGCAACAAAGUGAAAUAGAUAAGAUUCCCUAUUCAACCAUACAAGAGCAGCCUGAAGAAGAACUUAAGUGUUCCUCAGAAGAGUUGCAUCAGUCCCUCGCCAAUAAACAGGUCCAUAACAAUAGCCUUUCUGAUGGCAUCACUGACUCUUCUCUGGUACAAGAAAGGGUCGUUGGAAACUUUGUAACAAAUAAAACAAUGGCUGACAACAGUAACACCCUUGACAACAGCCCCUCCUCUAAAGUGGAACAAUCCAGUCAUCACCAAGGCUUACUUGUUGAAAAGACCAAUCAGGCAGCUCUACCAGCGCCACACGGAAGUAGAUAUGGAACUCAUACAAAUCAUUCCUGGAACGAAGACAAUGAUAUCGGGAACAGGACCUUUCAGUCUUACCAAGAGGAUGAUAACAAUAAAUCUGGGAAUGGAGAAAAGUGCACUUACCACAGAGCUGACACGGACAAGUUCCCAAACUUUGACACUAUUUCCGAAUUGUUUCGUCAACUGGAAAGUGGAUCAUCGGACACAAAGGAAAUUCUGGACCAGUUGCUUUCCUCUGACGACAUCAGCGCGUGGCGUGACGACACAGGCAACAAUGCUCUCCACAGGUGCAUCAAUGCCGGCAAUGAUCAGAUAAUGACCAUAAUUGCUACCUCACAUCUGUAUCUUACCUCAGAGGCCAACCACUGCGGUGUGCUUCCCGUGGACAUGACAGUGCAGCAAGGUCACGUGACCUGCCUGUGUGCGUAUAUCAGCCUGUCCCACACUAAUACCCAGAUAUCACUGACAACUGAUGACGUUGAACGUCUGAUUACCACGGCGAUAGUAGGCGACCAGCCUAAGUGCCUGACCAUUUUACUAAAAGAGUUCAAGAGGAAGUCAGACGAGCGUACUUUUGUCGUUGACAAGGGCGGUAACUCACCCGGUCAUGUGGCAGCUCAGUUAGGGCGACUGCAAUGUCUUCACGUUUUGUAUCUGCACGAAUUUGACCUCACGGCUUGCAACGGCCAUGAUGAGCGCCCAGCGCAUGCGGCUGACAGAUAUGGCCAUCAUUUCUGCUUCCAGUUCCUGGUACAAGUUGAAAGUGAGAUUAAAUUGGUGGAUCAGGUCGUCGGCAGGGCGUGUAUAAUCGACAGAUUGGAACAUGCAAUAUCAAGGACAACACAACAAAUUGAAAAUAAUGUUCAAAUGGUCAACCAACAGCUGUCGUUUUGGACAGAAGCGGAACAGGAAGCGCGCAGAGAGCUAAGUGCGCAGGUCCACAAACUAUGCUCUUUAUUUGACGUCCGAGAUCAUGACAACAAACGGAAUGAUCUGUGGCACAUCUUGGAGAAAAUCGAAAGACACAGUCAUCGUGAUCCCACCGAGUGUAUCAACAGUUUGCGACAUCUACUUCACCAGAUUUUGGCCACCUCGAAUGAGUUGGAUAAUGUCCAAACAGAAGCUCAAACAUCCCACGAAAGCGAGGUUGAGGCAGAAGAGAGAAAUGUCAUAAUACGGAGUGUUCAUUCCACAGUGGAGCAUUCUAUCCUCGGUGACGGCGCACACAUUGGCUCCUCCUUUGAUGAUAAGACAGAGUCUUACAGAGACAGGCCUAGAGAAUUACAGUCGAACAUUUCACCACCACGCCUUCUCGUGAACCAUGACCAUCGCCCGCUGAACUCGUCUGACAGUGUCACUGCCUCCUCCGCCGUUCCUUCCAUGAGUACUCAUCUUGACGCCGAUGACGAAUCCGUGACGUCAUUCGCAUCACUGGUAGACCGCCUACCACAGGACUUUGGCUAUGAAGAUUCUACAUCCAGGGGAGACAAUCGUACCCUUGUUCUCGCCAGAUCACCUCGGUCCUACAACAGCGAGAUGUCGGAUGAAUCCUCGAACUCUAACUGGUCAUCCAGCGAGUCGUCGGCAUCGAGCAGCUCCCGGAAGUGGGCCAGAUUUGAUCACAGAAGAGCGCGGGAACGGCCCUCCAAGAUGGUAUAUGGCAUGUUACUGCCAGAUGUUCACACUCGGCCAAGCUCCUCUGCUAGUUCCUAUACGAGACACAGACACGGCGCUUCGAGGCGUGCGACAGGGCGACAAAAGCGUCGCUUCUCCUUAUGGGAUCUUCGAGAAUUGCGUGAAAGUCGGUCCAAAAACAUUCGACUAAAUAUCCCCGAUGAAAACCUUUCCGAUGACAUUCUCAGGGAACAUAGGAUACGGCAGCAUGUCCAGACUUUACACGGGUCUACCGCCAUCAAAUCCGAUCUCGUGGAGACCAUAACAACGGCAUCCGGGGAGGUGUACACGGAAGACUUGGACCGAAGAUACGAUCCGGAUUUUGCCCUUCAUCUUACCAAAAACGAUAACUCUUGUCGUGGAAAAAUGGUUCGCUUUAGUAGUGAUCUAAAUUCAAAUACACUGCCGGUGGAAUCCUGUAAUCUUGAUAAUCCUUCUAAAACUAUUCAAGGCAGCAACCACCAGUGUGGCAAUACUAAACCAAAAGUCAACAUUUUUGGACUGAUAACGAAAUUAGCAAAACGGUCGAAGAAAAAUAAGCAAAUGGAGCCAUCAAGCUCACCAGACAAAGCUGCUGGACUUAAACCGUCAGAAAAGACGGUUAGAGAAUACACCAGGGCUGAGUUUGUUGAGAGAUACAAACCCAGGUCCCUAACACAAGCGCAAGACCGAGCUACACAUAUGCCGUCAUCUAGCGUUUAAAGCCAAGCAAACAGCUUUCUUCAACACUGUUGAAAAUAUUCAUGCUUUAAAUUACAUUACACUUAUUCUUCAACCUUUUCAACAGCCUGUGCAACCAAUAUUUUGAAACACUCU